AUGACUCUUCAGGAACUGGUGAAUCGGGCAUCUAGCCUGUACUCUGAUAGAAAAGCAGUUUGCUUUGAUGAAUGCAAUGACAAACCUCCAACUUUCUACACAUAUGCAACGGUGGUUAAGCUUGCCAUGGAGUUAACAGCUUUCCUUCAAAAGUACUGUGAUCAGCAAGGAAAAUGUGAAAUAGGCCUUUACUGCUAUCCAGGAAUAAACUUACCAUCUUGGAUCUUAGGAAUCCUUCAAGUUCCAGCUGCCUAUUCUCCUAUUGAUCCAGAUGCACCACCAGUGUUAUCCACUUAUUUCAUGAAGAAAAGCAAUCUUCAAUAUAUUCUUGUUGAGAAUGACAAAAUAAACAAAUUCCAGAUGUCCCAUGUUGGUUGGUUUUACCACAAUUCUUCCGCAAUAGAACGUAUUGGUUUAACUCUCUUCCAAAUGAGCUCAAGCAAUGCUGAUUUAAAUUCACAAGUAGAUGAUGUGAAAAGUAAAUAUGAACCUUUCAAAGCUGUAGGUAACUGGCAGCCAGGAUAUACCAUUUGCCCAGAUCAAACUGAAGUAAAAACAUCAGAAGGAGGAUGUAUGGACGUUGGCCAGAAAUCCUCUCUAGCGUACAUCUUGCACACAUCAGGAACUACAGGGAUCCCCAAAAUAGUCAGAGUGCCUCAUAAAUGUAUAGUGCCAAAUAUUCAGCAUCUUAAAUCCAUAUUUGAGAUCACACAGGACGAUAUGCUGUUCCUAGCUUCUCCUCUAACAUUUGACCCAUCAGUGGUUGAACUGUUCAUUGCUCUGACAAGUGGAGCCUCUAUUCUUGUUGUACCAAAUGCUAUUAAAAUGAUCCCUGUGGAGCUGUCUGCUGCUCUGUUUCACCAUCACCGUGUGACAGUGUUGCAGGCAACACCAACACUUCUCAGAAGGUUUGGAACUGACAUUAUUAAAUCAACAGUGUUGUCUGCAAGUACUUCACUUCGUGUCUUAGCCCUUGGUGGUGAAGCAUUUCCUGUACUGAAUCUCUUGAAAAGUUGGAAGCACAAGGAGAACAAAACAAGUAUUUUUAAUCUGUAUGGUAUUACUGAAGUGUCAAGCUGGGCCACUUGCUAUAAGAUUCCUGAAGAGGUUUUUAGUGCUGAUUUCAGAACUGAUUGCCCUAUACCAUUGGGAUCACCGCUUCUUGGAACAAAAGUUGAGGUCAGAGAUUCCGACGGUUCUGCAGUUCUAGAAGGCGAGGGACAAAUAUUUAUAGGUGGUGAAGAACGAAUCUGCUUUCUUGAUGAUGAGAUAACUGUACCCCUGGGCACAAUGAGAGAAACAGGGGAUUUUGUAAGAGUGCAGAAUGCCAAGUUGUUCUUCUUGGGUCGGAAAGACAACCAGAUUAAACGUCACGGCAAACGUUUUAAUAUUGAAUGUUUGCAGCAGGCUGCUGAAGAUCUUUGUCAGGUAGAAGCUUGUGCAGUGACCUGGUAUCAGGAGGAAAAACUUAUCCUGUUUGUUGUACCCAAAGAUAAUUUAGAAAAGAGAGAAACACUCAAAGAACUCCAGAAAUGUCUACCAGCUCAUGCAGUCCCUGAUGAGCUUGUUCUGAUUAAAGCUCUGCCUUUAACAUCACAUGGCAAAGUUGAUAUAUCUGAACUGAACAAGAUUUACCAGAACCAUCUAAACUCCAGAAGGCGUGACAGUAAGCUGAGUGGCGCAGAGGAAUUGUGGGAAAGAUUGCAGUAUUUAUGGAAGUCUGCUCUGGGUCUCCUAGGUGAUUCCACCGGAAUUUCUAAGGAUGCAGUAUUUCUUUACAGUGGUGGAGACUCCUUAAAGGCUCUACAAUUUUAUAAUGAAAUUGAGAUGCUAGUAGGCAAAGCGGUGCCUGGACUCCUUGAAGUUAUUCUCAGCCACUCCAUUGAAGAAGUUUAUAGACAUAUUCUUAAAAUUCUGUUUCCAGAUGAAGACCAAUUAAUGAAUUAUGACAAUGCUGUGAAAAGAAAAUUAAGUGGGAACAGUGGAGAGGAAUUCUAUGGAAAAUAUAUUAAACUGAAAUCUGAAAGAGAUCUUCAGGUUGUUUCAGGGUUAAUUUCAUUUAUUGCACUAAGCAGAGGAAAUCGUGUUUUUUCUAUGAAUUUCACCAAGUCUUUUACGCAACCCAGUAAUACAGUACAGGUAGGAGUGGAACUGCUUCAGCAGCCAUCCUUUCCGCAUUUAGUGACUCCAAGUAUAAUGAAAAGCCAUGUGCAAGGGUAUGAAAUAGAGAAGAGAAUUUUAACAGUUACAAACAAGGCAAAUAAAACUGACUGUUGCUCUGUACAGCAAAUCCAUGAAGAAUGUAGUCAUGUAGCAACGGCAGAAUUGGCGUUAUGCAUAAGAUGGAAGUCAAAUACAAGAAAAUGUGUUGAUGCAUCACCACUGGUUAUAAUACCAUCUAAAGAAGAAUUAUCUGCAUCUGUGUAUGUUGGCUCUCACUCUCAUGCAAUGCAGGCAAUAGAUCUAGAUUUGGGAGAAAUAAAAUGGGAGAAGAACCUUGGAGAUCGUAUUGAAUCUUCUGCCUGUGUAUCUAAGUGUGGAAAUUUCAUUGUUGUUGGUUGUUAUGAUGGCUUAGUGUAUGUGCUCCAAAGCAGUGAUGGAGAAAUACACUGGACUUUUGUUACAGAAGAUACUGUGAAAAGCUCUGCAGUUGUAGACCCUUCCAGUGGACUAGUCUACAUAGGAUCACAUGACCAACACGUGUAUGCUUUGGAUAUUUAUAACAAAGCAUGUAUAUGGAAGUCACAUUGCGAAGGUGGAGCUGUGUUUUCAUCCCCUUGUCUAAGUUCUUUUCCACAUCAUCUUUAUGUUGCUACUCUGGGAGGACUGUUAUUGGCUGUAAACCCAGUGACAGGGAAUAAGAUUUGGAAAAUGUUCCUGGGAAAACCACUCUUCUCCUCCCCUCACUGCAAUGAGAAGUAUGUUUUUGUCGGGUGUGUGGAUGGAAACUUAUAUUGUUACACUCAUUCUGGAGAAAAGGUUUGGCAGUUUUCCACUAACGGACCGGUGUUUUCAUCUCCAUGCAUCUCAAGUUUAACUAAGCAAGAAAUAUUUUUUGGCUCCCAUGAUUGCUUUAUCUACUGUUGUAAUAUGGAGGGUGAUUUACUGUGGAAAUUUGAAGCCACUUCAAGUGUAUAUGGAACACCAUUCAUUUUCCAAAGUGAUGACUUAAAGAACAGAAUUCUUUUGGCAGCAGUAUCUACAGAUGGCAAAGUGUGGAUCCUGAAUGCCAAGAGUGGAACAGCAGAAGGAGUAGAUAAGCUUCCAGGAGAGGUUUUCUCUUCCCCUGUAGUAUGGGGAACAAAGCUUGUUGUUGGCUGUAGAAAUGAUUAUGUUUAUUGCCUAAAUUUGUAUAUAAGAGGAAAAAAAGAACAGCUAAGAUGUUAG